UCUGUGUUUCUCAUCACUCUCCUCGGGUGUAUUUGGUUGUUUGGAGCUAGAGUCGGAAAGGUCGUAUAGGCACCAUGGCGUUCACUGUCCACUUCAGGCGUGCGGAAGUUUUAUUCACCGCCAAAAUAUCGAUACAGUGAUGUUCACGACACAUGGGGCCGAACUGGUUUCAGGGUCCAGAGAGACCGAAAUCGCCUUUGUCAAUGGGACAACCGAGUUCUCCCCCACUGUUCUAAUAACCACGACGGAGCCCAAAAGUAAUGAGUCGUGUGGGGAGCAGAAGACUCUGGACCUGGACUUGACUAAGACUGUUGUCAUUGGGAUGAUGCUGAGCACCAUCACUGCGGUCACUGUGAUGGGAAACACUCUGGUCGUUAUUGCGGUGUGCGUCGUGAAGAAACUCAGACAACCGUCCAACUAUCUGCUAGUAUCUCUGGCUAUAGCUGAUCUUUCUGUGGCUGUAGUCGUUAUGCCUUUUGCCAUAGUGACUGACCUGACAGGGGGCGUCUGGCUGUUUGGGGAGGUUUUCUGCAAUGUCUUUAUUGGGAUGGAUGUCAUGUGCUGCACGGCUUCAAUAAUGAAUUUGUGUGUGAUCAGUGUGGACAGAUACCUCGGAAUCACUCGCCCUUUGACCUACCCAGCGAGACAGAAUGGACUGCUUAUGGCCAAGAUGAUAGUCGGCGUUUGGUUGGUGUCUGCAUCCAUUACUCUGCCACCAUUCUGCGGUUGGGCUCAGAACGUCAACACUGCGGGAGUGUGUCUGAUCAGCCAGGAUGUGGGCUACACCCUCUACUCCACAGCUGUGGCCUUCUACAUUCCAAUGGUGGUCAUGCUUUUCAUGUAUUACAAGAUUUUCAAAGCUGCCCGCAAAAGUGGGGCCAAACACCACUUCGCCGCACUUCCCCCAAUUCAGAUAGCCUGUCCUGAACCAGUCUUGGCCACCGUAGAGGGGCUCUGCAUGCAAGGGAUGAAGAACCCUGCAGCUACCGAGGAGUUUUCCACCCUCUCCUGCCUGUUGAACCGCGAACGUCAGAGCGCCUCGAUUUUCAGGCGGGAGCAGAAGGCGGCCACCACUCUUGGGGUGAUCAUGGGAAUUUUUUCGAUCUGCUGGUUGCCGUUUUUCCUCUUCACCACAGCGCGGCCGUUCAUCUGCGGGCUGCUCUGCAGUUGCGCCCCUGUCUGGCUGGAGCGGGUACUGCUUUGGUUGGGCUACACCAACUCGCUCAUGAACCCUUUCAUCUACGCCUUCUUCAACCGAGACCUGCGUUCAACUUAUAAAGACCUGUUAUGCUGCCGUUAUCGAAACAUCAACCGCCGACUCUCGGCUAUGGGAGUGCAUGAGGCUCUAAAACUCUGACUGCUCUCAAUCUGGUUAUAUAAUUGGGUGGUGCAAAAUACAUCCUCUUGGCUCGUCUAUAAGUCAAGAAACACUGUUUGGAAGGAGUUCAUUGGGAAUCAUAAUAAGUCAGAUUCAUCAAAACAUCCCAAGACAGUGAAGUUUCCCACGUAGCAUCACUGGAAAAACAUACCUCUUUUUUUAAAACAAACAAACAUUAAAACAUACCUGUACACACAACUCAAUGCAAUUUUUAGCUGAAAUGAAUGCUAGUAGCUUGGUGGCUCAUCUGGUACAUCAUAAUACUUGUGAUUUGCUUGGGUUAAGUCCCAUGAAAGAAAAUGUGUUAACACUUUAGAAUACUAUUCUAACUACUCAGGAACAAAUGAGUAACGCAAUAUUAACAUUCUAGUAACUACUAUUUACUAACAAGAAACUCUGAUUAAUGAAUUAGUAAAUAAUAGCGCUAAGUUGAAUGAGUUCAUUACUCCCCAUACAGUGGGGAUCGCUUGAAGGCUUUUAAAAGUAACAAUGCAUACCAGUAUGCUGUGGCUAGAUGGGUAGAAGUGCAGUACCUGGCCACCAAGGAUUUAUAAUCAUGGGAAAUGUAAUAAGUAUUAUUGAAAACAAUUUAAAUGUGUGAUUUUAGUGGAUGUUUUCUCUGACUAGGUAGCGUGGUUAGCUAGUUAAGAGGCUAACAGCUGGUAGCUUGCCAGCUGUUAGUCACGGCUCAUGGCUAGCUGUCAUUAAUCUGGAUUAGGCCUGUCACGGUAGCCAUUAAAUCAUUUAAUCUUUCCUUGUUUAUUUUUCCGGCCACGAUAAUUUCCAUUUGAAUGCUUGUUUGUUUUCUUCCCCUCUCUCUCUCUCUAGACCCUUUUACAGCCCACGUGAUCAAAUAGUUGCUUGCGCAUUUUGGCAACGAAAGUGGUGUUGUUUCCCACUGACUGUAACGUGUUAGCAACUCCGAAAGUUUAUUAAAACGGUUUCCCAGCUUCAAAAUGUCUGGUUGUUGCGUUUACGGUUGCACUAAUCAAUAUUCCACCAAGGGGCUUAAGUUUUAUAUUUGCGACAGAAUCACGGCCAUUUCAGAAGAACCGGCGGUGCCUGUGGCUGCAGGCGAUUAAACGUGUUGAUUGGAGCGAGGACAUAUUAAAAAUCCGCUCGCGUAGCUUGACCGAGCUUGACACAAUGCUGAUUCUCGCCAUACUUCCGUUGCCAAUAUGCGCGCGCAUACGUUGCCACGUCAUCAUUGUGUACAAACCGUAAAAGGGUCUAUACCAAAGAGACUGGAUGACAACUCUGUUAAUGACUUAUUUUACGUGAAUACUCUCCAAAACGGACAUUUAAACAUAAAGUUGUGUGUAUUUGUCCAUUCACACACGAAACAGCUCAAUUUUACAUGCGCGCUGUAUUCAUACUUUGCAGUCACGUGACUACCAUGGAUACCUGGCGGGCAACAAAAGCUGACAAAAUUGCGAAUCAAUUAACUAUUUAGUAGACCAUAUGUCACCGAAUGUUAAAAUUAGAUAUCAAGAAAAGAUUAACAUACUCGGAAUGUGUGAUCCAUCCACAGCACCCGCUGAUGUUUUCAUUGCUUUGAAGCUGGCAAAGUCUCAACCAGACUCGGAGUUUGGAGAUAUUUACAUAUAUCUUGCAGAGAAUCUGUCACCUUACACCGCACAAAAAAUGAAAGCCUUCAAAAGUACAAAUUGUUAUCUUUUUUCAAGAGUGGAUGGCUUAAAAACGCUGUCAUAUGGGAGGUGAAAAACAGGAACAACUUCAUAAUCAAAGCAAAGGUCUGUAUGCUUAUGUUUGCAGAACGUUACACAAACUUGGGGAUAUUCAAAUUAAUACUGUGAAGCUGCUUUGAUGCAAUCUAUAGACCAUUUCACAAGAUGUAAACA